AAGCGAUCUCUUGACAUCUCCGUUUAUGUGUAGAAUAUUAUAGGCAUUUUUGCUGAACUUGAAAUUUAUUUUAUAUUUGAAAUAAAAGCACCACAUGUGUAUAAAUAUAUUUUGCAAGUAAGAAUUUCCUAUUUAAAGAAGUACUUUUGCAGUGGUUUCGUGUAUUUUAAAACAAAUACAAAUUUUAAAGCAGAAUCCAUUGCGAAAGUUGCUUCAGCAAUUAUUAACACAACGUUGGAAGUAAAAUAAAUACUCCAAAAGGCAGGUGCAUCUUUUGGGCUAGUUCUAAAAUAACCAAUGUGACCAAUCCAAUUUCUAUUAAAAAUUUAUUACAAAAGUUGGAUUCCAUCAGGUUGGGUGUUUUAAAGAGCAGCCAUAAUCGACAUAAGAUAAAUAUAAACUGCAAGUGAAUACAGCCGGUAUAUUCUAUUUUCCUUGGACAAGAUUUUAUUAAAAUUCUUAAGCUUUUAAAUAACUAUGUCUAGUGAAUUUGAAAGCAUGCAGGGAUCAAUGUCUUCACCGCCCUCAUCACCACAAGUUAGUAAAAAAGCACGACUUGAUGAAGAGGCGUUACACAUUGAGGCUAAUGCUAUGAAGGAUAAAGGUUUCUCGUUAAGCGCUAUCGAAGAAAUGAAGACCCGAGUUGAAGAGAACAAUCAUAGUGGGUCACUUGAUCAACAAUUACGUCAAUUUCAAGUGUUAGAUGAAGUACAGGGCUCCGGUUCCGACGAUUCAGAAGUUGCUAGUGAAAACGGAGAUAAGAACUAUGAUCAGGGCGAUGGAUAUGAAUCUUCUGAUUUGGACAUUGACGAUAAUGAGAUUGAAAAUUUGCUUAAUGAGAAUUUACCUGACGACUUGAAAGAACCGAAAAAACCUAAAUAUGAAGAACGCUUUAAAACCGUUCUGGAAGAAAAAGGUCACAAUCAUUUCGAGGUACUGCCAGAGGGUUGGGUUCAGGUCACUCACAAUAGUGGUAUGCCUCUAUUUUUACACAAGCAGUCACGUGUAGUUUCCGCGUCUAGACCAUAUUUUCUUGGCCAUGGUAGUGUGAGGAAACAUGCCAUACCUCUAGGUGCUAUACCAUGUCUAAACUAUAGGAGAGCACUUGAAGAGGAGGAGAGCGAACGAAUGAAGCAACAGUUAGUGGACAAACUACAAGAGUCAAUCGGAGACAACAAUCAAGUCGUCCCUAGUUGUCCCUUUGCUGGUAACAACAGUACUACUGCGACUGAGAUCAGUCAGCCCGCAGCAGUUUCGCCAUCGACGAAUGGAGAAAUCUCAGAUAGUAUAAUGAAAGAUUCUGUAAAAGCAAUUUUAUCUACGCCGUCAGCAACACUCAAUACUGUUCCAUCAACUACAGCUACCUCCGCUGAUUUAGUGGCUAAUGUUGCAGCAUUAAAGAGUCUAGUUCCGCCUGCUAAAAUUGUAACUGUUACAGAAAAUACCCAAAAGGAAUCGCUAUUGCCAGAUCAAUUGAAUGAUUAUUGCAGUAAAUUGUUUAAAUUCAAAGUUAUUCGAGUUCUUCGUUUUCGUUCAUGGAACGCUCGACGUAAGUUUACCAAAAAUCGAAAACAAAUUAAAAAUUUACAACGUCCAACACUGCCUGACGGCACAAAAUUAAUUAAAUUUCCCAUAUUGGCGCAAAGUGGUGAUUCAAGUGCAAAUUCACGUGGACGAAAGGAAUGGAUUAUGAAUCCGAAUGGGAAGAGCUAUGUGUGUAUAUUACAUGAAUAUGUGCAACAUGCCCUGAAGAAACAGCCAACAUAUGAAUUCAAGGAAUUAGAAAACGCAGCAACUCCUUAUUCGGCAACGGUAUCGAUCAAUGAUCUAAAAUAUGGAACUGGUUAUGGUACUAGCAAAAAACAAGCCAAAUCGGAUGCUGCACGUGAGACACUAGAAAUACUUAUACCAGAAAUGAAAGAUAAGAUAACGGGAAUAAAACAGGAUAAAAAUGCACCGAAAAGUAAUCACAAGGAUUUGUCAGUUUUUGAUGAUAUUAAAAUACAAGAUCCUCGUGUUGCUGAGUUUUGUAAUAAGACAACUGAACCAUCACCGCAUGCUAUACUAUUGACAUGUCUGCAACGAAAUUUCGGUCUAGGCGAUGUGCAGAUUAAUUAUGAAAUAAAUCGUACAAAAAAUAAGAAAAAUGAAUUUACUAUGACGGUAGGCAAACAUACAGCCAAAGUAUUGUGCAAGAAUAAACGUGAGGGCAAGCAAUUGGCUUCACAGGCCAUACUACAGAUUUUGCAUCCGCAUAUUAAGACCUGGGGCUCACUGCUGCGAUUGUAUGGUAAUAAUUCAAUUAAGACUUCUAAAGAAAAAAAGUUGGAAGAACAAGAAAUCACAGUCCUGCAAAGCAAAGCAGCCAUAAAUCAGCCGAACUACGCUAUCCUCGAUAAACUAAAAGAAGAAAUGUUAAAAUUGGCUGAAAAGAAUAAAUCAGUUAUGUCGAGGGGUACUUUUGUCCCACCCAGCGAUGUUGACUUACCCUCAUCCUCUGGCUCGAAUCUCAAUAAUGUGGAACUAUAAUUGUGUGUGUUUGUCGAUUGGUGCAUAAGACAAAGUGAUUACACACUGCGGAUUUCGGAUUUGGGAGGUUAUGUUUCCUGCUUUUACUGCUGAACUGCUGAAAAUUUUCGGCACUUUAUCUUUUGCAAAUUAAGUAUAGCAAGUUAAGCAAUCAAAAUACUGCAUUUAUGUGGAAAAUAUUAUUUUCUUAGCGAGUUAAUUCAUUGGGAUAAAAAGAAAGAAAGCAAGAGUAUGGAAAUGCAGCUGAUAAAAUAGAGAUAAGGAUAGUUUAGUCUGUCAAGUGUUGUUUUUUUUUUUUUUUUGGAAAUAUGGCUAGACAAAAGUACAUGUACUUAUAAUAUAAAAAAAUUAAAAUCUUUCAUACUUUCAAUUCAAUAAGCAUUUUCGUAGUUUUUUAAUCCAAACAUUGUGCAUAAUUAAUUUUAUUUGAUUGUUAGAAGAACUUCCAGUGUGUAUUAUUUCUAUGAAUAUUAUGUACUUAAACUUUGUAUAGCAAAUUGUUCCUUUCCUAAGUUGAAUUUAUAAUUUUUGCACUGUACAUUUAGCGCAGCAAAAGUUGACAAUUAAAUAAAAUAUCGUGUCAGAAACUUGCACAGACCAGCAAGCUAGGCGAAGAAUUCCUUAGGAAUUACUUGGCACCUAUAAGCCUUUUUAACAUCAUUUCUUACCUAAUACAAAAAAUUAGCUCAUUAAAUAAAAAUAGUAAAUUUGUAGUACGUUCUAACUGAAUAUUUUAGUAAAAAAAAGUUUACACUUACUAAUUUAAUCAUACCACAAUACCUAACCAUAUGUUCUAGCUGGUUUAUUUAUAAGCAAAAAUUAAGUAUAUUGAAAAUUUUUAUAUAAUAAUUAUAUAAUGUAAACAAAAUACACACUUAUUUACUUUAUCAAGAUUAGGAGUAUACAAUAAAGCGAAUGUCUAAAUAUGUAUUUCAAUGAAAAUAGAAAAAAAUCUGACAAUAA